UGGACCAAGGGAGUCAGUCAGUCGUGCGCGAGCGUAGUGUCGAUAACGUUGUGUGUGCUAGACGCUGUGGACUUAACCCCUCCAUCUACGGCUCAUUUUUUGACGUUGUAAGUGGUCGAGAUGACGGUGGAAGUGUGCACGCGUGUCGGUGUGCGUGUGUCGGCCGCCCCGAAGGACGAAUCGCAAGCUGGAGGCGGAAAUUCUCCAAGCCACGAGACCUCGGAGGCACCCACGCCAAGACCCAAAUUCAUGAUUACAGACAUACUUGCCCAACACAAACCUCCGCCGCCCGUCUCCACCCACACCCAAGCCGCAGCACCGCCCACGCCGCCCAUACAAGAACCCAAAGACUUGAGCCUCACACGCUCACACUCCGAGGACGACGACAUCGAUCUCGAGGGCGACGCCAGCCACGACGAGGAAGACCCAGACACGAACGACACAGAAAACGGCGAAGGGUGCGCUGACGGCUCUGUACCUCCACCUUGCAAGAAACAACGGAAGGCCCGGACGGCGUUCUCAGACAACCAGUUACAGACGCUGGAGAAGAGUUUCGAGCGGCAGAAGUACCUAAGUGUCCAGGACCGCAUGGAACUGGCCGCCAAGCUGAACCUGACCGACACCCAAGUCAAGACCUGGUACCAGAACAGACGGACGAAGUGGAAGCGACAGACGGCGGUCGGGCUCGAGCUCUUGGCCGAGGCUGGCAACUACGCCGCCGUGCAGAGGAUUUACAGCGCGCCGUACGGAUGGCCCUACCCGCCGCAGCCGUCCUCUGCCGCAGCCGCAGCCGCUGCCGCCGCCGCCGCUCUCAGCCCCGCCGCAGCCUCCGUCGACCUGUACUACCGCCAAGCCGCAGCUGCCGCAGCCUUACAGAAGCCCCUGGCCUACCGCCUGUACCCGCCCGGCCUGCCUAUCCUGCCGCCAAUGCACUCAGACCCGCUCAGAGAUGCACUCAGACCCGAAGCCCUGAGACCAGAGACCAUAAGACCCGAAGCCCUGAGACCGGAGCUGCGGCACGAUGCUCUCAGACACGAAAUGCUGCGACAAGAGACGUUGCGACCCGAAGCGCUUCGGCCGGAUGUCCUGCGCUCUCUCGCAUCCUCCAUGGCGGGCGGAUCUCCUCUGGUGGGAUCUGCUCUCACCGUGACGGCUUCUCUCCCUUCCUCGCCUCUCACCUCUCCCCUCUCCUCCUCCUCUCCCUCUCCCCUCACAGCGCCGUCCUACUAUCGCUCAGAGGCCGCAUCGCAGGUCUAAAGACCUAUCCAUCCCCCCCUGUCCUGUCUCUCUAAUCAGCGUCUCUCUAUCUCUCUCAUUCCCAUCCUCAUCAUCUCCAUUAUCCUCACCUCUCACCGUCGUCUCAUAUUUCUCAUCGCUCCUCAUCACAAGCUCUCGCGAGGGGCUUGUAAAUCCUCUAAAUUAAUCCCAGUGCUCAGUGUAAAUAGGACUGUAUAUAGGAAGUAUUAUAAACCAUAGUGGUGUUUUGUUUUUUUUAAUUGUGUGGAUACGGCUGUCAUCUCGGGGGCUAGGAUUGACCUACCUACGUUCCUAUGUAAACCAGAUCCUUCACAGACCCGACACACUCACAGUGAAUCAUUUCCAUUGCCAACUAUUCUACUUCAGUUUAGUUGGCUUCCCCUUCAAUGUCUAUCCAUCCACAAUUCCAUCCAUGUCGCCCAAUUAACUCGGUCUUUCCCUCCAUUUGAUGGAGUGUUGAGUGCAUCCCAGAUAUUCACUCACUCAACCGCCAAGAGUGUACUUGAGUGUGCUCCAGUCACACGCGAUUGUGACCAUCGGUUACGGCCGUUUGGGAGAGUGCACUUGAGUUGACGCACUCAAGAUGGCGUGACCAGAAACACACACACACACACACACACACACACACACACACACACACACACACACACACACACACACACACACACACACACACACAGGAACUCCAUUUUCGCUAAGUCUUUGUAAAUCUAGGACCUGAUCCUAGUGUUAUUUUUCCACGUUUCAUCUGUAAAAUUUAUUGUACAAAGUUAUUGGCCAUUACAUGUGAUAUUACAAUUUAGUUUUCACAGCACAUUUACAAUAUGUAAAUAGGUAAUUUAAUUCGAUUUACAAAUAGCAGGUAGACACAUUUAGAAAGUUUGUUUACAACUAUGCAUAAGGCAGUGGCGAUCAGAACUUGCUAUAGACUGACAAACACUCUGAAGAUUAUGUAUUUUGAUGUAAAACUAUCAAUAAAAAUAUUAUUAGAU